CGUGACUGCAUCAUGUGAUCAGGCGGAAAGAAACAGCAGGAGGAGGAUUCUUCUUCUUCUGUUCCUGGAUGCAGUUUCUGCUCUGAUUAGCAGCUCAGAACUGAAAUUCUACUUGUUCUGUUUCUGAGCGGAACCAGCAGCUGCUGCUGACGGAGCGCCAGGAUGGGCUCGGCGGUGGAACGGACGGACAAACACGUCAGAGAGUACCUGAUCUACAGAGGCUUCACCGGGACGCUCAAACAGCUGGACAGCGACAUCAAAGCUGACAAGGAGAAAGGUUUCCGGGUGGAUAAAAUCAUCGAUCAGCUGCAGCAGCUGGUGCAGAGCUGCGACCUGCCGGGUCUGAAGGAGUACUGGCUCUAUCUGGACCGCCGCCUGUUCUGCAGACUGGAGGAUGUCUACCGGCCCACUGUGAACAAGCUGAGGACCAGCCUGUACCGCUACUAUGUCAUCAACACCAUCCAGAAAGGGAACGUGGAGAAGACCCAGGAGUUCUUCCAGAAACAGGCGCUGGAGCUGCAGGCUCAGGCCGAGUGGCGCGACUGGUUCGUCCUGCCUUUCAUCCCGGCUCCUGAGCAGAACCCGGCCUUCGCCCCGUACUUCUCCCGGCAGUGGGCCGACACCUUCCUGGUCUCCCUGCACAACUUCCUGUCCGUCCUCUUCCAGUGUGUCCCUCAGCCCGUCCUGCUGAGCUUUGAUGCUGAAGUCCAGAAGAUGACCAGCCUGAUGGAGGAGAAUGAACAGCAGCGCCAGACGAUUUUUGCCCUGCAGACGGAGAGCAGGGAGCAGAAGGAUGGAGACCAGAUGGUCCAGCAUAAGCUGCCGCUGUAUGUCCAGAACAUGGACCGCCUGGGAGACACUGAGUUGGACUUGGUGUCGAGUCAGAGAUCCUCCAGCGCCUCCACCACCCCGUCCAGGAACUUCUUCUCCACAUUCCUGCCUCAAGGAAAACGCACUCCAGGGAAAGCAGCUCCUGUUACCCUGGGAUCCUCUCCAAGCCAGACAGCAGUGGGCAAAAAGGAGACCUCGCUCAGUCAGGUGGGGGGCGGGGCUUAAUUAUGAUGUCAACAAUUA